CGUGAACGUGAGGAAGUGUGAUGUCGAUACUCUGGCUGAAAUUGUAACGAAAAUUAGUGAUACGAAAACAUUUAUAAUUCUAAAUAAGACAGCGUUCCUAGUACACUUCCUAUCCUACAGUGCUUUAAGUACUUCAUAUCUUUAGACAGGGGAUAGUUAGGCGUAAUUUGACACGACUGAUGAGUGAAAAUGGAAACCGCAAAAGUAUCCGACGACAAGAUAUAUGUUACAAUUAAUGGAAUACCGUAUUCGGUAUUCGAUUAUAAUGUAUCCGCCGACACGACCCUCUUUGUCUUCAUGCGCGAAUAUGCGAAAUUACGAGACAUAAAAGCGAUGUGUCAUGCAGGUGAUUGCGGUGCUUGUAUCGUAAGUGCAAUAUUCAAGGACAAAAUGAUAGCCGUAAAUUCAUGUCUUGUAUUGGUAUUAAACUGUGACAGAUGGCAUAUCAUAACGUCUGAAGCUCUAGGUAACAAGCGAGAAGGUUAUCAUCCAAUUCAAACUGCACUUGCUAAAAAAAAUGGCUCGCAAUGUGGAUAUUGCUCUCCUGGCAUGGUGAUGAAUAUGUACAGUCUCGGGAAAGGUUUGUCUAUGCAGCAGAUUGAAAAUUCAUUUGGUGGCAACAUUUGUCGAUGUACCGGAUAUCGUGCAAUUUUGGAUGCGUUCAAAGGAUUUGCUAUCGACGCACAUCCAUCAAUGGUGAAGGACAUUCAAGAUAUUGAGGAGUUAUACAAGAUCAAAUCUUGCCGGAAAAAUAAAAUGCCAUGUGUACGUAGUUACUAUAAUAAACAACCUUCCGACGAAAAAAAAAUGUUGAGUAUAAAGUUAGAGGAUGCUCACUUCUACAAAGUUUUCAUGAUCGAGGAUCUAUUUACGAUAUUCGAGGAAAACCCAAAGGCAACGUAUAUAUUAAAUGGAGGAAAUACUGCACAUGGUGUUUAUCCUUCGAGCAAAAAAGAUAUGUACAUAGACAUAAAUGACAUUCCAGACUUGUAUAACAUUGAAAAAACCGAUUCAAUUUUGGUCCUAGGAGGAAGUUUAACUCUUACUACCGCGCUAGAGACAUUUCAGAAAUAUUCAAAUGAUACCGGAUUUAAAUAUCUAAGUCACUUGGCCCAGCAUGUAGAAAUAAUUGCAAACGUUCCCGUGCGAAAUAUUGGCACCAUAGCCGGAAAUUUGAUGCUGAAAUAUCAGCACGAAGAAUUCUCAUCCGAUUUGUUUUUGAUAUUAGAGACUGUCGGUACUCAAGUACACGUCUUGAAAAGUCCCUCCGAAAAGGAAAGUUUAUAUUUGUCUGAAUUUCUGAACUUCGAUAUGCACCAUAAAAUUAUUUAUAGCGUUGUGUUACCAUCGCUAGACGAUAUCAAGUAUGUAUGUAGAUUUUACAAGAUUAUGCCUAGAGCUCAGAACGCUCGUGGUCACGUCGACGCCGGCUUUCUCUUCACAUUCGAUCACAACGACGGCAAGGUGUUGGCGUUUCCUAAUAUAAUUUUCUGUGGCAUUAACAAGCAUUUUAAGCACGCAAAACAGACAGAGCAAUUGGUGGCCGGAAGAUCUAUCUUCGACGAGAAAAUACUAAAAUUAAUUAUAGAAAAGUUACAUGUCGAACUGCAACCAGAUCAUGUGCUCCCGGAUUACUCCCCAGAAUUUCGCAAGAUUCUUGCCGAAGGAUUAUUUUACAAGUUUUUGUUAAGUAUUCAACCGGAGAGAGUAGCUCCAUAUUAUCGUAGUGGAGCCACCUUAUUAGAACGAAAUCUUUCUUCAGCUAAGCAAGAAUACAACACGAAGAAGGCUAUAUGGCCAGUGAGUAAACCUAUGCCAAAGUUAGAAGCUCUUGAGCAGACAUCGGGCGAAGUUCAAUACUGCAAUGAUAUGGGUCCAUAUUUUAGAGAAGUGUUUUGUGCCUUCGUCGUCACCGAAAUCGGUAAUGGCAAGAUCGAGAGUUUUGAUACAAGCAACGCAUUUAAAAUAAAGGACGUAGUGGCGUUUUUCAGCGCCAAAGAUAUACCGGGAAAGAAUCUAUGUAUUUCUGCCAUCAGCAAGAUGACGUCUUUACCAGAGGAUGAGUUGCUAUUCGCUGAAGAGGAUGUCUUGUAUGCCGGCCAACCGGUCGGCGUAAUCGUCGCGAAUACGCAUAAUUCAGCGAAUGAGGCUGCAAAAUUAGUAAAAAUUAUAUAUAAGAAACCUCUUCCUAAAACGAAGCCUGUGAUAAGUAUUGAAGAUGCUCUAAAUUCGCAGGACAAUACAAGAAUCAGGGAAAGCGCCAAUAUUCCAGCAAAGACGAAAGGAAACGAUAUUAAACACGUGAUAAAGGGCGUUUUCCAAUGUGGUGGUCAAUAUCACCAUAGUCUUGAAACUCAAUCCUGCGUAUGCGUUCCAGUGGAGAAUGAUAUUAUAGAUGUCUAUCCAUCGUCACAAUGGAUGAAUCUCAUUCAAGUAUCGAUCGCUACUUGUCUUAAUGUUCAAAAUAAUAGCGUCAAUGUGCAUGUCAAUCGACUUGGCGGUUCAUUCGGAUCGAAAAUCUCACGCAACGCGCAAAUUUCAUGUGCUUGCGCAUUGGUAUGUCAUAAACUGAAGCGUCCAACGCGAUUCGUCAUGACGACGGAGAGCGAUAUGCAAUCGAUAGGCAAAAGAUAUUCUAUGCGUCAAGAAUAUGAGGUCGGAGUAAACAAUGACGGAGUUAUACAGUAUCUCAAAUCGAAACACUGGAGCAACUGCGGUUCUAGUUUCAACGAACCACAAGCAGCCAUGAUAGCUUCCUACAUGGAAAGAAACUGCUAUUUAACUAAUACUUGGACGAUCGUCGGAUUCGAUGUGAGAACCAAUUUACCGUCAAACACGUUUUGUCGGGCAUCAGGAUCCACGGAAGGAGUGGCUAUUAUGGAAAAUUUAAUGGAGCAUAUUGCGAAAGUGACGAAAAAGGAUUCGAUGAAGAUCAGAUUGGCGAAUAUGAAUAAAAUAGAUAAAAUCCUUUUAAGUCCCAUGAUAGAGAAUUUAUUGAAAAAGACCGAAUACGAGGAAAAUAAAAAUGAAGUUAUUUGGUUCAAUUUACGCAAUCGUUGGAAGAAAAGAGGAAUUGCUAUGAUACCGAUGAAAUACUUGAUAACAUUUGAAGGACAACACAGCGCAAUAGUAUCAGUUUGCGCUCGCGACGGUUCGGUAUGCGUGACGCAUAGCGGAAUUGAAAUCGAUCAAGGUAUAAAUACAAAGAUCGCACAAAUGGCAGCUCAAACAUUGAAUAUCGAUAUUGAAAUGAUCUCUGUUAAAGGAAGCAAUAAUUUAGCUACACCCAACAAUUCAGCUACAGGACACAGCAUUACUGAAGAAUACUGUGGAUUUGCAACAAUGCAUGCUUGCGAACAGAUUUUGAAUAGACUCGAACCGAUAAGAGAAAAAAAUAAAAAUCUGACAUGGAAGGAUCUCAUUUUUAUAGCGUAUGAACAAGGCAUUGAUUUAUGCGCACAUUAUACCAGGAUGAAUGCGCCAAAGGAAUUCGUUCUCGCUAUCACUACUGCCCUAGUAGAGAUCGAUGUACUGACCGGUCAGCACGUUAUCGGAAGGGUUGAUUUGAUGAUUGAUAGUGGUGUAAGUUUGAAUCCCGAAAUCGACAUUGGUCAAGUGGAGGGAGCUUUCGUGAUGGGAAUAGGAUACUGGACUUCUGAAAAUCUAAUGUAUAAUCCUGAUACAGGAGUAUUAAUAAAUAACAGAUUAUGGAAUUAUAAGUCACCAGGAGCGAAGGAUAUUCCUGCAGAUUUCCGCGUAUACUUAAUCAAUAACACGAACGAUUCACUUGGUAUCUACGGUUCAAAAUCAUUCGAUGAAUCAUCGUUUUGUAUGAGUUACGUGAUUCCAAUAGCGUUUCGCUACGCAUUAAAUUCCGCUAGAGCGGAUGCAGGGAAUACGAAAUGGUAUCAACUAGAUGGACCGUGUACUAUCGAACGUAUACUUUUGACUAGCUUAACUAACAAAGACAUGAUGGUUUACAAAGAAGAAAAAUACAAAAAUCGUUCUCAAAGAAACUAG